UUCCUGUGUUCUCACGGUUGCUUCUGUUCGUGAGACCUGUGGCUCCACCCUGCUGAUAGCAAGAUGUCUUCAGGAAAUGCAAAAAUUGGGCAUCCCGCUCCCAACUUCAAAGCUACAGCUGUUAUGCCAGAUGGACAGUUCAAAGAUAUCAGCCUACGUGACUACAAAGGAAAAUAUGUUGUGUUCUUCUUUUACCCUCUUGACUUUACUUUUGUGUGUCCCACGGAGAUUAUUGCUUUCAGUGAUAGAGCAGAAGAAUUUAAGAAAAUUAACUGCCAAGUGAUUGGGGCUUCUGUGGAUUCUCACUUCUGUCAUCUGGCAUGGAUUAACACACCCAAGAAGCAAGGAGGACUGGGACCCAUGAACAUUCCCUUAAUAUCAGAUCCCAAGCGCACCAUUGCUCAGGAUUAUGGAGUCUUAAAGGCUGAUGAAGGUAUCUCUUUCAGGGGCCUCUUUAUUAUUGACGAUAAAGGUACCCUUCGCCAGAUAACAAUAAAUGAUCUUCCUGUUGGCCGCUCUGUGGAUGAGGUUCUGAGACUAGUCCAGGCCUUUCAGUUCACUGACAAACAUGGUGAAGUGUACCCAGCUGGCUGGAAACCUGGCAGUGGUACCAUCAAGCCUGAUGUCCAAAAGAGCAAAGAGUAUUCCUCUAAGCAGAAGUGAGCACUAGACCAUUUAUCUGCCAGACAGCAUUGAGCAGCCAGAAGAAAAUCUCUUGUACUCUACUCAUGCUUAAACACAUGUGGUGUGAUUCCAGAUAAGCCUUUUCUACAGGGCUGGGUGUGGCUAGCCUUUCUUCCACUAUUGGUAAUGGUCUGAGCUGUGUUUUGGGCAGACCAUCUUAUAUCAGUCACAGAAACCAACCUGUUAAUUCUUUUUUUUUCC